AUGAGAUGGAUAGAGGACGAAGAAGAUAGAUCUGGAAUGAAGUCACAAAAAAGAGAUGGAGCGAAAUCACACACAACAACAACAUCAUCAAUUAUUAAUAAAAAGUUUCAACGAUCAAUUUCGCCUUCUGGAAAGUUCUGUUCAUCAACAAUUUCAUCGAGUUUAUCAUCUCCGGUGAGAUCUCUGUCGCCGAAUCGGAUAACGAUGCACUCAUUAUCGUCAUCAUCACCGUCCGUGCGGUUUUCAAUUGAUCAUAAUAAGAAUAAUAAUCGAAACGGCAGCGUUUCAUUGUCGGGGAAGAGGAACGGAAAGAAUAAGAAGACGUGCUUGUGUUCGCCGACGACACAUCCUGGAUCGUUCCGGUGUAGUUUACAUAGGAAUGUGAGUAACGGUAAUAGUAGCAGUAAUACGGUGUCGUAUCAUUCACAUAGGCUGUAUGCACGGAGAUCGGCAAUGACGAAUUCGUUGGUUAGGAUUGGGACGGUGGAAGGAGAAUUGGUGAAGAGAGCGUUGGCGGCGUUGAUUAGACCGUCGUCGCAUCAGCAGAGACGGAGAUGUGAUUUCGAACCGAAACCGAGUCGGCUUUCGGUUAUGUCUAAAGCUGAUGAAUGAAUUGGUGAAGUUUGUGUAGAGUUUUCAGUGAAUUUUGUUUGUUUUAUGAUAUAUAUGUUGGUAGAUAGUGGAAACAGGAACCCUAAUUUUGUGGUGGUUGAAUAUUUUGUAAUGGUAUUUUUCAAGUGAAAAAAAGAUGGGAGGACAAAAAAGGUGAUAUGAGGGAUUAUGGCUGUGUAG